GCCGGGGAAGUUUGGGCGACCCUUGGCAGUGCUGCGAUCGGGAGCCAGGCUGAAGCCGGAGGACCAGGGGGCGGGCGUCCCGGCUUACGGACGCCCCCGGGCCCGCUGCCACUGUCUCGCGUCCUCUCGCCUGGAAAAGUGUUUAAGCUUUUAAAAUGUCAUCUAUCAAGCACUUAGUUUAUGCAGUUAUUCGUUUCUUACGGGAACAAAGUCAGAUGGAUGCUUAUACUUCAGAUGAACAAGAAAGUUUGGAAGUUGCAAUUCAGUGCUUGGAGACAGUUUUUAAAAUCAGCCUAGAAGAUACCCAUCUAGCAGUGUCACAGCCUUUGACAGAAAUGUUCACCAAUUCCUUCUGUAAGAAUGACAUUCUGCCUCUCUCAAACUCAGUGCCUGAAGAUGUGGGAAAAGCUGACCAAUUAAAAGAUGAAGGCAAUAACCACAUGAAAGAAGAGAAUUUUGCUGCUGCUGUGGAUUGUUACACACAGGCAAUAGAACUGGAUCCAAAUAAUGCGGUUUAUUAUUGCAACAGGGCUGCCGCUCAGAGUAAAUUAGGUCACUACACAGAUGCAAUAAAGGAUUGUGAGAAAGCAAUAGCAAUUGAUUCAAAAUACAGCAAGGCAUAUGGGAGAAUGGGACUGGCCCUCACUGCCAUAAAUAAAUUUGAAGAAGCAGUUACAAGUUACCAAAAGGCAUUAGAUCUUGACCCUGAAAAUGAUUCUUAUAAGUCGAAUCUGAAAAUAGCAGAACAGAAGUUAAGAGAGGUAUCCAGUCCUACAGGAACUGGAUUGAGCUUUGACAUGGCUAGCUUAAUAAAUAAUCCAGCCUUCAUUAGUAUGGCAGCAAGUUUAAUGCAGAAUCCUCAAGUUCAGCAGCUAAUGUCAGGAAUGAUGACAAAUGCUAUUGGGGGACCUGCUGCUGGAGUUGGGGGACUAACUGACCUGUCUAGCCUCAUCCAAGCGGGACAGCAGUUUGCUCAGCAGAUACAGCAACAGAAUCCUGAACUUAUAGAGCAACUUAGAAAUCACAUCCGGAGCAGAUCAUUCAGCAGCAGUACUGAAGAACAUUCGUGACUUGACCAGGGACCCUGGCCCAGAGCACAAAUGAUUAUGGCUCUUGAGUGUUUGCUGUAGAUAGUGGCCAAAACAAAGACACCUAAAGAAUCAAUCUGUCUAGAUGAUAGGUUUAUCAUAAAGACUUGAACAUAACAUGACUCCUUUGUAAACAAAUGAUCAGUAGCCCUGUGGAGUGCCAGUGUAGUACUGGACAGGGUUCCAUUUUCAAAUCUUCAUCAUCAUAUUUGUAUAUUAGACCUAAUAGCAGAGUAUAUUUAUUGAA